UCCCGCCAAGGGAACACACGUGAGCCAUGCGUGGCUGCUGUUGGGAACCCUCAUGGCUGCUCCGGACCAUCAUAGCUGCCAUACUGCCUUGGGCCCUCCUCCUGGCCGAUGUCACUACCUGCCUGGAGGCCCCACCCCCAGACCCAGGUGACCCCGCGGAGGCCAUUAUGGUGACCGUGUCCACGCGGUACGGGAAGCUGCGUGGACGGCGGGCAUGGCUCCCUGGUGGAGUCCUGGGCCCUGUGACACGCUUCCUGGGCGUGCCCUAUGCGGCCCCACCCACUGGUCCCCGCCGGUUCCAGCCACCCGAGCCUCCAGAGGCCUGGGCUGGGGUCCGUGAAGCCUCACGCUUUGCCCCUGUGUGUCCGCAGCCACUGGGAUGGGGAGGGGAAGGGGAGGGGGGCGGAGCUCGGGACACACGUGAUGUUAUGCUGCCUGCAUGGCUCGCGCCUGAUGCGGACGCCCUCGCUGUGCACGCCCGGGACCAGGACGAGGACUGCCUAUUCCUGAAUGUCUACGUACCAGGGGGAGCCAACGGCGACGACUCAGCUGGGAGCAAGCACGGGGACGAGACAGGUAGCAAGGACAAGACUUGGGGUGGCAGGAAGCCUGUCAUGGUUUACAUCCAUGGCGGCUCCUACAUGGAGGGCACUGGCAACAUGAUGGACGGCAGUGUCCUUGCAAGCUAUGGCGAUGUCAUCGUGAUCACGCUCAACUACCGGCUGGGCGUACUGGGCUUUCUGAGCACCGGCGACCAGGCCGCCAGGGGCAACUAUGGGCUGCUGGACCAGAUCCAGGCCCUGCGCUGGGUCGGCGAGAAUGCGGCUGCCUUCGGUGGGGACCCGGCCCGUGUCACUGUGUUUGGGUCCGGGGCGGGUGCGGCCUGCGUCAGCCUCCUCACCCUGUCACACUACUCGGAGGGCCUGUUCCAGAAGGCCAUUAUCCAGAGUGGGUCGGCGCUGUCCAGCUGGGCCGUAAACUACCAGCCGUGGGCGCACGCUAGGGCGCUGGUGGGGCGCGUGGGCUGCCGGGGCCGGGGCGGCAAUGACGGUGGGGUCGACGACGAUGACACCUCCGCGUGGGUCUCCUGCCUGCGUGGCCUAGGGUGGCGGGAGCUCUCGCGUGCGGGCUCCGCCCCAGGCCACGCCCACCCCUACCACGUGUCAUUCGGCCCUGUGGUGGAUGGCGACGUCAUUCCUGACGACCCCCAGAUCCUCAUGGAACAGGGCGAGUUCCUCAACUAUGACAUCAUGCUGGGCGUGACACAGGCUGAGGGAGCGCGGUGGGCAGAGCUGGUGGCCACGGGGGGCCUGGACACUGUUGAUGCCCAACCAGAAGUGAUGUCACAGGAAGCGGAGGCGGCGGUGACCCAAGCGCGGUUUGACGCGGCCGUAGCUGGCUUCGUGGAUGCACUGUAUGGUGCCCCCGAGGGCGAUGGCGGGGGCGGUGAUGCGCUGCGGGAGACAGUGAAGUUCAUGUACACGGACUGGGCAGAGCGGGGCGGAGGGGGCGGUGUCGGAAGCGGGGUUGGUGGGGACCCCGAGGAGUCUAGGCGGAAGUCACUGGCUGCACUGUUCACUGACCACCAGUGGGUGGCACCUGCCGUAGCCACCGCAGACCUGCAUGCACGCUACGGGUCCCCCACCUACUUCUACGCCUUCUACCACCGCGGGCCUUGUGUGGGCUGGGGGGAUCCAAGGCUUUCAUCGUCAUGGGGGGAUUCGAAACCUUCAUCAUUGUGGGGGGAUUCGAAACAAUCGUCAUGGGUAGACUCGAAACCAUCAUCAUCAUGGGGUGAUUCGAAACUGACAUCAUGGGGGGACUCUAAACCGACAUCGUGGGGGGACUCGAAGCCGUCCUUCUCAUCGUGGGCAGCCUCCUCGGCGGACCUGGGCGCGGCCCAUGGGGACGAGGUUCCCUAUGUUUUUGGUGCCCCUAUGGCUGCCCUGGCUGGCUGGGGCGGUGGAAGUGACAACGACGGGAUGGGCGGCGAAGGCGAUGUCAUAGCCGACCCAUUUUCUGCGUGCAACUUCUCGAGGAAUGACGUCAUGCUGAGCGCUGUGGUGAUGACAUACUGGACCAACUUUGCCAAGACUGGGGACCCGAACCGGCCGGUGCCCCAGGACACUAAAUUUGCACACACGCGACCCAACCGCUUUGAGGAGGUGGCCUGGCCGGCCUACGACCCGCGCGCACAGCUGUACCUGCACGUGGGACUGAGGCCACGUGUGCGUGACCACUACCGCGCCACCAAGGUGGCCUUCUGGCUCGAACUCGUGCCGCACUUGCACGGCCUGCGCUACGACGUCAGCGCCUACGUCAGCAGCACCACGCGGGCCACGCCCACUGGUGGGGGCGGAAGUGAUGUCAUCCCGGGCCCGCGCAGGGCCUGGCCAGCCACACGGAGACCCGUGGCAGCAGGGACCAGUCCCGGAAAAGCUGGUGUGGGAGCAGGGACGCCUGUUUCCGGCCGGCGCGGAGCCGCUUCCGGCCUGGGCGGCGGGGGAGGGGACCAGGCUGCGGUGCUGAUCGAGACCCGGCGUGACUACUCCACAGAGCUGAGCGUCACCAUUGCGGUUGGGGCAUCGCUGCUGUUCCUCAACGUCCUGGCCUUCGCUGCGCUCUACUACAAGCGGGACAAGCGGCGCCAUGAGACACACCGCGGAGCCGGGAGGGGCGGGACUUCUGGGUGCGGCAGUGGGAGGGGCGGGACUUCCGGUGCCACUCGCUGCGGAGGAGGCAGCACUCCAGGUUCGAUUCCCGGCAGCAGCUCUGUGAGUAACGACAUCAUCGCGGCGGGUAGGCAGCAACACGGCGCUCUUGGGGCAGACGGGGUCGCCACGACGACGUCAUCGUCCUCUGCCGCCUCCUCUCAUGAUGCCCUGAGGCUGAGCUGCCCGCCUGACUAUGCUCUAACCCUACGGCGCUCGCCCGAUGAUGUUGUCGCCGUGGCCCCGCCCCCCCAUUCCCCUCCCAGCGCCAUCACCAUGGUGCCCAACGCUCUGCGAGGGUUCGGAGUGGGGAGGGCUAUGGGGACUGGGGGAACAGGUCACUCCACCACCCGUGUGUGA